UCUAAAACAGAUGUACUGACGACAUGUGUGAUAUCACUUAGAACCGGCUCCUCUUGGUACAUUUACAUUGAUUCGAACAACURCGACAGAGAACUUGAUGAAAAGAUGUCCUCGUUCGGUAGCUAGUUCUCUAAUGAACAGUCUUUUCGAUGUAUUUUAGAAAGAAAACAUUGUUAUGGUUCGCAGAUGGGUUCUUUGUUGUGCAUAUUUAAUGUUUACAUUCGUCCAUCUCCUGGAUGGUCAGCUUGCAGGAGUCGAGCGAGCCAAGUCGACGAUGUUCUCGUUCGACAUCAAAAAGAAAGUAAAGCAUCACAACCAUUAUAAAGGUAGUCAAAACAAACCUUUAAGACCUCCAUAUAUCAAAGAAGAAGAGAUGGAGUUCAUACUUAGGAGUACUUCAUACGCAUAUGUAAUUGAACUGGACGUAGGAAGCCCACCACAAAAGCUUGAAUUUCUGAUUGACACAGGCUCAUCCAACAUGGCAAUUGCAGGACCAAACUGUGAAGAUGAGUACGGACGUAAAUGCCAGAUAGACACAUUUUACUUCCCUAGCAAGUCGUCAACUGCUAAAAAUCUUCAUAUACCAAUCGAGACCCAGUAUGGCAAGGGAGCGUGGUCAGGCAACAUAUAUAGAGACAUAGUGGGAUUUCCUGGUGAUGGUCCCAAAACGGUUGCAGAAUUCGCAGUCAUUCGAAACGAGAAAGACUUCUUUUUGAAAAACUCUAUCAACGAAGGUAUUUUGGGUCUUGCUUACAGAAGUCUUGCCACAAAUGGAGUUGAGCCUCUAUUCGAUCAGCUCGUCCAGGAUGGUAAAGUACCGAAUGUAUUUACACUGGGUCUUUGUAAUGGAAUGGGUCAGAUAUGGCUUGAUUGGCCUGAACAAGAAACUUUUGAUGGACCUAUUCACUUCACAGAAAUAAACCAAGAAACGUGGUAUAGUGUUACAAUGACGGGAAUAGAUGUUGCUGGCAACAGUGUUGGCCUGUCGUCUCGUUUCUUUCCUGACGCUAUCGUAGAUAGUGGAACAACAGAUAUUUUGCUACCACCAAUAGUGUAUGCUGCUGUCAUUAACGAGCUAAAAAAGAGAGGCCCUCCUGUCGACGAGAGGUUCUGGAAAAGCUACUGCGUGGACACGGACCCUUAUCAGUGGCCUUAUAUAACUAUCUACUUAACAGACAUGCGAGGAGGCUCUUUUGGUCUUACGAUUCUUGGCAAACACUACGUAAGAAAGCAAGAUGAUUUCCAUUGUCUGAGCAUCGGUUUGAAGCCUUCAGGGGCAGUGCUGGGUGAAGUCUCCAUGGAAGGAAAUGUAGUCAUAUUUGACCGCGCCAAUCAGCGAAUAGGAUUUGCACCGAGUAAUUUGACUCACCCUGAAGAAGGGCCUUGUGGCAAUCCAAUGCGAGUUAAUAACACUGUUACAGGUCGUCUUCAUAAAUACUGUAAAGCUACCGACAUGCCUCGCGAGUCGUGCGCAAUGUCAUGUGACCCGUGUAUAAAAGAAGGAGGAGUCUGGUGUCCAAACGGCAAAGUCGUGGUUUGGAUCAACGGAGUGAGGUCUUAUCUAAGCACGACAAAAGGAUUUUGUUGGCAAGGUGGAUUAUUCAUGCUUGAUGAUGCAAAAGUUCAAACAUUUUUAAAAGGCCAUGGCAGCGCAGAGUUUCAAGCGUACUGCGAUUCCCUUCUACCCAUGUACAAGCAAUGUGCAGUGGAUGGAGUCUGGGUAGUUCUUAUGGCAGGUUCCCUGAUAUUUUUAGUGAUAAUGGUUGUUUUAUAUUUCUGCUGUCGACGCUCAAUGCUAAAGGCCCGUCAGGACAAUUACCAAGUUAACGCGAGAGAGAAUGAUGACCAACGGCGAUAACAAAUGACUUAAACUUUGCCCAACUAUGAACCAAUCAAAAAUCGAGAAAAUGCGCACUUUUGCCCAACUACAGUGCUUGAAUAGGUUGCUAUCAAUAGACGUCACUUCCGGUAAUAGCUCUUUUUUGAUGACUUGUAGAAUCCUGGAGGUUGUUUUGAUCUCUUGUUUUCUGGUUUGAUGUCGUGAAAAUAGUCAAAUACAAUAGUUCGAGGACUUAUUUUGAUGUGUUUUGACUUAGCAUCCGCUAG